CAAAAACAACAUGCAGCAUAUGAUUCCAUCGAUCCAGUGUUUUGCUCUCUAAGCAACGUUUUCAAUUAUGUUACACAGGUACGUAAUUUAUAGGUGCAGAAAUCGAUCCCACCCAUUUGACAGUGAUGCAUGUCUAAAGACCCUUCUUACAAGCAGGCAGCAGCUCCCCACCAGCCCCGGCCCCUUUAAAGGUCUUUUGGGGGGGGCUCUGAUCUUCCAUCUUUGCAAAACUCUCGAUCGCGUCGACUCCAUUAAUAUGCAGGAGCAAGGCGCUGUAGUAAUAAUAGUUGGAGCCGGCCCUUCUGGGCUUGCAACUGCUGCCUGUCUAACAACGCUAUCCAUCCCAUACCUAUUACUCGAGAGAGAAGAUUGUUUUGCUUCUCUAUGGCAGAAGUAUUCCUACGACCGUCUCCAUCUCCACCUCAAAAAGCAAUUCUGCCAACUCCCUCACAUGUCAUUCCCUGCCUCUUUUCCUACAUACGUCCCCAAAACAAUGUUCUUGCAAUACUUAGAUGACUAUGUUUCCCGUUUCAAGAUCAAUCCCUUGUACCAAAGAAACGUGGUGUCUGCAGAGUACGAUGAUAUUUCCAAGAGAUGGUGUGUGAAGGCUAGGAAUAUUAAUGCAUCAUCAUGUUCUGGUGAUGAUCGGGUCGAGGAAUAUACAGCAAGGUUUUUAGUGGUGGCCACUGGGGAAGCAACCGACCCUUAUACUCCCGAUCAGAUCGAGGGAUUAGACACAUUCACUGGGGAAGUUCUUCAUUCUACUCAGUUCAAAUCUGGGAAGGACUUCCAAAACAAGAAUGUUUUGGUUGUUGGGUCUGGGAAUUCGGGCUUGGAAAUUGCAGUAGACUUGGUAAAUCACGGUGCCAAAACCUCCAUUGUUGUCCGAAGCCCGGUUCAUUUCCUGUCAAGGGAGAUGGUGUUCUUGGCCUUGGUUUUGUUGAAGCAUUUCGAGGUUGGCUUGGUGGAUUCCAUGAUGGUCAUGCUGAGCAAGCUGGUUUAUAGGGACUUGAGCAAAUACGGAAUAAGGAGGCCUGAAGAGGGUCCUUUCUAUAUGAAGGCUAAGUACGGCAAGUAUCCGGCAAUCGACGUUGGUGCCUACGAAAAGAUCAAGUCCGGAGAAAUUCAGGUAUUUACAGCAGAAAUAACGAGCAUUAGUGGCAACAAUAUACAAUUCAAGAACGGCAGCUCACAUCCAUUUGACACAAUAGUUUUUUGCACUGGGUUCAAGAGAUCAACAAACUCGUGGCUCAAGGGGGAUGAUUAUCUUUUGAGCGAGGAAGGAAUUCCGAAGCCUAGGUACCCUAACCAUUGGAAGGGCAAGAACGGCUUGUACUGCGUUGGACUAUCAAGAACAGGAUUAUAUGGAGCUAGUGCUGAUGCACAGAACAUUGCUGAUGAUAUCAAGUCACUUCUGUAGAGUUCUGCACUAAGUUCUGAAAUGGUGUUUUUUUUGGAUAUUUGGCAUUAAUAUAAGAUUUUUUUUUUUUUUUUU